AUGUCAGAAAACCCCAUUUUUGACGUAUUAAGCAAUGCUCUUAAAGCCAAAACAAUUACUGACGCUAUAGGAAAUCUUCAGCAAGCUGAAGUCUUCCUAAACUCCUCUAUUGGCAGUAUUGACUUAAAAGUAAUUGCAUGCUUAAGGAAAAUAGUGCUUCAUUUCGAUUUUCAGAUAAUCCGAUUCGCAGCUAAGCUUUACACAAAGAUUUGUGCCUUAGCGCCUAGGAAUGAUCUUCACUUAAUGCUAGACCUUUCUAACGACAUUUUCCUUCUCACUGAAAACUUAAAAGGCACAGAAAUCGCUGAAGACUUAGAAGCUGGGGUCAAAGAAAUUUUAGUUCAUUUAAUUCAACACGGAGGCUUAGAAAGGGAACAGCUUGAAGCAGUUCAGCAAUUAUUGGAUAAAAAAACUGCUAUUAAUUAUGAAGAAACUUUAAAUCUGAUUAUUCAAGAUAUUCAAGACAAAAAUAGCUAUGCUGUUAAUAGGUUGAUGGAUAUGAUGAGCUCGAUUCCUACACUGAAGGAGCAGUUUUUAUGCUACGGCACACAGCUAGAGCCUGUUUUAGAUGCUUUGAUUUUAAACGCAACUGAUGACAUGCUGCUUAGGUUUUCGAGAUUUCUGGAAAAUUUUAUUUUCAGGGUCAAUUAUAACGUCAAGCUUGGUGGAAUUGAUGAUGGCUCUACGCAUAACCAUAUUUAUAAAUCCUCAGAAACCCGUUUAUUAUAUAUUCAUGAUGGAGUAUUUUAUACUUCCCUUAAAAUUUUACAGAUACUGCAGUAUGCUAGCAAUGGAGAUAAUCCAAUUUUAGGGGUUUUAAUAAGAAGACUUUGGAAUUAUUAUCCUGAGCAAAGACCAUCUAUAUAUGAUCUUGUAAUUGACAACUUUAAAAAGGCUGCUCCUAUAGCUGAUGAUAGAAUUAAAGAGAAUGCUGCGGUAUUUUUAUAUGUGAUUUUACACUCAGCUGAUGUAGAUGGAGAAUUUAAAGGAAGAUUGGAAAAUGAAAAAGAAAUUGAAGCACUGUUUAAGCAUGAAAAAUAUGAGGAAACAGCCCAAGAAAUAAUUUUCGAAGCUGAAAAAGCAGUAGAAAUAGACCAAACACAAACACAUAUAGGAUUUCCUCUCAGUGUUAUGAUCCAAAGUGGAGAAAAAGCUACAAGAAUAAUUGAAGUCCAAGAAGCAAAUUCAAUUUUAGUGUGGGGCUUUGCGACAGAGAGUUACGAUAUUUCUUAUUCACUAUCGCGAGUAGAUUUGCCUCAGCCCGAAGUUAUUAUAGAAGAAGAAAAGGUUGUUUGUGACCAAAUUCCGUCUACAGGAGUAAGGCUUAUCCAUACACCUGGGCUAUAUCAAUUUACAUGGGACAAUGAAUAUUCUUGGUUCACCGGAAAACAUUUAAGGUUUAAAGUAUCUUUAUUGAAACCUUCCACAAUUCCAAAAAACUCUUCACAAGAUCAUAAAGACAUCCACCAAAUAAUCACAAUCACUCACCCUGAUAAAAUGGGUGACUCAUGCUACUCAAAUCCUUCAAGUGAGUUAUUAGAAGUAGGUAUCCAUAUUACACAGAAUCAGGUCUCAAUGCUAUCUCACAAUAUAAGAGAAGAUGCAUUAUUUACUGAAGACUCUGAGCUUUAUCCAAUAAUUUCUCAAUAUAUUGAAACAAUCAGUAAAAAAACUGGUAUUAUUUCCCCAAUAAUAAAAAUCGGAAUUGUUGAAAAAACAGCUAAUAAAAGAGAAGGACUGGAAAACUUAGGAGCUAUUGCUAUAGCAAGAGAUGUAGACGCUGUCGCGCUUUUUAGUGAACAAAGCUUACAUUCGCAUACUUUAAUUGCAGUUGUUAAUGAUGAUGGACUUAGAAGCUGUGUCGUGCAUAAAGGAAGAAUUCUGCUUUCAGAAGAUGGAGAGUAUUUAGGAGAUUUAUCAAGAUUGGAGGUACAGGACCCAGCUACAGCGAUUUCUAUAUUACUUUCGAUGUUUGGGCCAGCUGUCGUAGUCAUUUCAGGAGCAAAUUUUAUUGGCCAAGCUGCAGUUAUCAUUGAAAGGGUAAGGCCAUUAGUGCCAGCACAUAUAUGGCAGAAAUCAAUUAUUAGAGAAAGCGUGUAUGCUAGCUCAGUAGCUGUUGAAGCAGCAUCAAAGCUUCAUUAUCUUCAUUAUCGUUAUAAAUCUACACUUUAA